AUGGCGAUCUGCUUAGGGCUUGCAACCAUCAGCCACGAAAUCGAUGACUAUGCGCAAGUCGCCAGUGACCUCCGCGUUGGAGUCAAUCACAUGGCUCUUGACGAAGAGCGAAUUCGCCAGGAACGCUUCUUCGAAGGCAUUCUUGAGCUUCAAAAGCGGAUAAUGCAGAGCGAACAAUCCAGGGAGAGGUAUGGGGAACAGGUGGAAGAAUUGAAGAACUGCAUUCGCCUGAACGCCGACGUCCUAACGUACCUGAAAAGCAUCACCAAACUCGAAGGUCCACUCACGGAGCUCACAACGAAGCUGACCAAAGCCGCCGUCGAAGCCAGCGCCCCAAACGCAGCCCCUGCCACAGUUUUUGCAAACAAGGCGCUGACGGAGAAUGUUGCCAACUGCUGGGAGUACGUCGCUCAGCUAUUCUCCAUCACUCAUGCUCACCUGAACGACGCGGCCUCAUACCAAAAGUUUUACCACACGGCACACGAGGUUGAUGCUCAUAUCAACAAGAUGGUUGGACUGGCCGAGAUGAAGAUGCUUCUGUUUGACCCUCAGGGGACCAUUGACGAAGCCCUCAUGCUUGCAAGCGAGCUCGAUGACGAUAAUCGCGAAUUAACGCUUACGUGGGACAAAACCUGCCAGCUAGCCGAAAUGGGACGACGUCUGAGGCCAAUUCAGAACCGCAUUUCCCAAGUCGUCUGCGGACGGACCGUCAACAACUCAUCAAAGGGGGCUCCAAACGUCGUCAUGGUAAAGGCUCUGAUCAAUUUCUCUGGUCCGGAUUUCGCCAUACGGAAGGGCGAAGAGAUGAUCCUGGUGAAUAACGAGAAUCCCAACUUCUGGAAGGUGCGGACCACCUUCGGGGAACGCGAGGUCCCCUCGGUGAUCUUCUCAACGAUUGGACCCAAUCAGGAGGAGGUGUUCAAAGCUGAUAGCCUGCAAAAAAAAUGCAUCUCCGACUGGAAGCGCGUGCUGGAACGCACCAAAGGAAAACUAGUGAAGUUCUACACCACCCUGUUCGAACGCUUCUGCAAAAACGACGCCGUCUACUUCGCCCACGAGGACCAAAUGAACGAAUUCCUCGACGACUUGGACAACAUUUUGAUAGCGCCGAAUUACGACAGCGGUUUCCUGCAAAACGCCUAUGACACCUUCACGGAGACCCUAAUUCUUCUCUCGUCUAAUCGAAGGCCACCACGAGGUGCAGUUACGCUCACGGAAGGCGAUAUUCGAGCUAUCCACGCACCACUGCGCAAGAUCAUAGAUCAGGCCAAUCAGGUGGACCGGAUUCAAGCCCGGGUUUCUAUGAACGCUGAAGAGGUGCAGAGGUACCUCAAGUCGGUAGAGGAUGAACGUCAGCACAUAUUCAACGAGAUCGCUCGCAUGGAGUAA